CCCCUUUCACUCUCGUUGGUUCUUAUUGCAGUAUCGUUCAUCCACUGUUCAAAACGAUUCCCAUUUUUCCAUUGACGAAAGCAAAACAACAAAACUCGUCGCAGUAACAAUCUUCGCAUUCUUCCAUUGACGGAAACAAAGCAUCAUCACCACCGCGAUGCCUGAACCUCUUCUCUUCAACUUCGCCACCAUAACUAUUAACUAUCGCUUUCUCACUUCAACUUCACGCUCUCUUCAACUCUUAUUCACACCAUAACUAUGUUUUUCUGUCCUAUUCAGUUGUUAGCAGGGACUGCAAAGUCUAGGUUUUCUGCUAAAGAUUAGAGUGAUCAUAUGGCUCUUGUUCGAGCAUAUGAAGGAUGGAAAGAGGCUGAAAGAGAAGGAUCAGCUUAUGAAUACUGCUGGAGAAAUUUUCUUUCUGCCCAAACUCUUCAGGCAAUUCAUUCACUUCGAAAACAAUUCAGCUUCAUCUUGAAAGAAGCUGGCUUGGUAGAUACAGAUUCAAGCAUUAAUAACAAAUUGAGCCAUAAUCAAUCUCUUGUCCGUGCAGUCAUAUGUUCUGGACUCUUUCCUGGCAUAGCAUCGGUGGUGCAUAGGGAGACAUCCAUGUCAUUUAAGACAAUGGACGAUGGCCAGGUUUUAUUAUAUGCAAAUUCAGUGAACUCACAUUACCAGACUAUUCCUUACCCAUGGUUGGUUUUCGGUGAGAAUGUAAAGGUAAAUGCUGUUUUUAUCCGUGAUUCCACGGGUGUAUCUGAUUCAAUACUGAUCCUAUUUGGCGGCGCUCUAAGUAAUGGAAUACAGGCGGGGCAUCUGAAAAUUUUAGAUGGGUACGUCGACUUCUUUUUGGAUCCUAAUUUAGCUGACUGCUAUUUGAAGCUUAAGGAUGAACUAGAUAAGCUUAUCCCAAAGAAGCUAGAAGAUCCUGGCAUUGACAUUCACAGGGAAGGGAAGUACUUGAUGCUUGCUGUUCAGGAGUUGGUCUCAGGGGAUCAGUGUGAAGGAAGAUUUGUAUUUGGUCGUGACAGCCGGAAGCCUAAGGCCUCUAACGACGAGAAUAAAUUCACAAAAGAUGGGACAAACCCCAAAAGCUUGCUGCAAACACUUUUGAUGCGAGCAGGGCACACCCCACCAAAAUACAAAACAAGACAUCUCAAGAUAAAUGAGUUCAGGGCAUUGAUAGACUUUAAAGGAAUGCAAUUUGUUGGCAAACCUAAAAGGAAUAAGCAGCUUGCAGAAAGGGAUGCUGCCAUAGAGGCACUGGCUUGGUUAACUCACACCUCUGACAAUACUCAACAUGAAGAUGAUAAAUCUCCUCCUGAUGUUACUGACAACAUGUUAAAACUCCUAGGGAAGCGUAGAAAAUCAAAACAACAUUUUGAUUGACUUGUUAUCCCUUAAUGGUUUAUCCCUUAGGUUAGUUUAUCCCAUUCUUUUAUCUUCACGGAUAAGUAGCUUAGCGCAUUGUUGUUUAAUGUAUGAUAGCCGAAAGAAAGAAAGACGUUCAGGAGACCCGUAUGAGUUCCUCCCAAGCAUUAUUUGGUGGCACCGAAUUUAUCUUUGUGAUAUUAGAUUUCUCUUUGUUUUCUCAUUUUCUCCUUUUUUGAGGGGUUUGAAAUUGUUCAGGAACCUUUAGUUAAUUUAAGGCAUCCAGUUUUAGCAGUUGGUUUGUACUUGAAAGGUUGAUUGAAUAUUUUAGCAGUCUCCUUCAAGCCAAAUCCAAAAUCUUUUGUAACCAUUAUGUACACUAAUGUUAUAUAUAUUUUUAUUAUAUAUCGUAGGUACAAGUUACU